AAGCAUUCUCUAGAUUAGCGUUAGCUGCAUUCUCUAGAUUAGCCAACAAUUUAAUGUAACACUAAUUUAACUCCCACAACUCCGACAUUUCUGCCCGCAGGUGAAUGAAUGAUGCCCGACGAUAUUGCCUGCUACAAUUACUACUAACUUGUUGUUUUUACGAACAAGUAAUCAAACAAUGAAUCAUACGAGAAACAUAAAAGAGAUGCUGGGCAUCCCAACCGGAAGCAGCGAUAAAACCCUCCACAGAAAUGGGGCAAACAGCGGCUACUGCAGCUUCACAGACUCACAGUUUCACUUUGGAUCCCAGUUUUGGCCUGAAAACUCUCAAGGCCUUUCUCAAGACAUGAGUUUGUCAUCCAGGACCUCCCAACAAAGUUCACAAGAGGGAAGUGAUCCAAAGUUUUUAAGCAAUUAUCACACUAAACCUUUCCUGUUUGGAGAAUUAAAGGACAAGUGCAAAGCUUUUGGAAUACUGGAUAAAUUUGAAGACGAGAAGAAAAGGGCAAAAGAGAAAACUGAUAGUGAUGUGUUAGCCAAAGAGUGUAUUCAUUUUCGAGAAGCACUCAACAAUAUCCAACAACUGGUGGCUAGCACAGAGAGAAACACUGCUGUGUAUCAACCGGUGCUUACAAAAUUUGACAACUUUGUCUCAACAUUGCAAAAUCAUUUUAGCAGUCUUCAGGGUGAUAUUUCCCUGCAGAUUGAGACUUUAUUCACUACGGUGAACUCUCAAAAAGAGAUGAUAACAGGAUUGGAGGAGACUGCGCAAAAGAAUUGGGAGACCACAGCAGAACUCAGUUCAAAUUUGCAAAGCUUGAAGAAUAGUCUUCAAAGUCUGAGAGAGGAGCACGAGAGCGAACGAAACAUGCUUGAACAGGUCCUGAAGCUGCUCAGCACAUUAGUCUCAGAGCACUCAGCAAAACGCAGCCCAAAGAGAGUGACGGACAAGGCCAUCCAGACGUCACCAGAGCUGCAGCAGCAGUCCUCCACCAUCCUGCAAGAGAACAAGCUCGAAGGUUUUGACCCAAUUUUAGAGAAGAUCUCAUCGGAGUCCAAGAGAAGCAUCCCAGUGACACCGGAAGGCCUCUGGCAGUUGUUUGAUUUGGAUUUUGAUUGA